CCGGCUAUGAUGAUUGGUUGUUUUGCUUGUUGUUGAACUGAUUUGCACCGGAUGUAAAACCACGUUGCGUUCAUGCGAAAGAUCUACUCAUUUUUACCUCUGGUCUACCUCUCUUGAGACAAUGUCUGAACGUGGCAGCUUGGGCCGAGAACCGGCUGGACUGGAUGGUCUGCCACCACUUUUCAGUAUUGCAAAGGGAGAGGUUGUGUCUGUGCAGACUUACGGAGCCUUUGUUCGACUGCCAGGAUACAAAAAAGAGGGUUUGGUACAUGUGAGUGAGAUGUCCGCCUCCAGAGUUGAGAAUGCCUCAGAGAUUGUGGAUGUUGGGGAAAAGGUGUGGAUUAAAGUAAUUGGGCGAGAGAUUCAGGGUGAAAAGGUGAAGCUGUCCUUCUCAAUGAAGUCCGUCAAUCAGGGAACAGGACAAGACCUGGACCCCAACAAUGUUAUGGCGGAGCAGGAUGCGAGGCGACGAAGGAUGUUUAAAGAUGAAACCCGUAACAAGAUCACGCUGGAGGCUGUGCUCAACACAACAUGUUCAAAGUGCGGUUGCAGGGGUCACUUCACAAAAGAUUGCUUCUCCACUCCGGGCUCGCAGUAUGCUCUUUUACCUGAAGAGGACAGUGAAGAGCCACAGCAGCAGACGUCCACAUUACAGCAAGACUCAGACAAAAAGAAGAAAAAGAAGGAAAAGAAAAUAAAGAAGAAGAAGAAGAGGGAGAGAAAGGAGUCAGAGAGUGACAGCAGCAGCAGCAAUGAAUGUAAAUCCAAGAAGAGGCGUCAUGACAACACUAGAGAAGAAAAGAAGAAGAAACACAGAAAACAUAAAUCACACAAACACAGCUGACACAGCUGGACAAGCAUUCACAUGCACACACAGCAGUCAGACACACACAGGGGAGGUGGGUAACAGCAACAGUGUCAGACUUCCAGUUAAACCAUCAUUUAAAUAUAAAAGUUUACUCUCUUCCUGGAGUUAUUGGAGCCAUUUCCUCUACAACCCCAAAAGAAGAUGUUUAAAAAAAAGUAAUCAUGUGACUUUCCCCAUUUGUCCUGAAGUAACCUCUGGUUCUCUCACAGAGAGAGUAGUUUACACAUCUUGUGUAAUCAAAUAUGUGUAAGCAAUAUGGCAACCCGCUUUUUGAAAUCCAGAUAUUGUUUGCAGCUAUUCGCUUUCUGAUGCUCUGGGAGAUCCAUUAGGCAGACUUGAUGGGCUUAAAGCAGACACACACUCCCCCCCACACAAAUAAAAUAAAGACACAAACAGGAAAUGUAAUGGAGGACAAAGUGAGCGUAACAGGAAGCCUGUAUUGAAGAAACAUCCUGAGGUUGUGCACCAUUUAUCGUUCUUUUAUGUGAACAUGUCAUUGUACAUGUGUGUAUUUGUGGCUUACCUCCACAGGGACACCAUACAGUGAACACGCCCCUCAUCCUUCAUGUCAGCUGUUAACUCCAUUAAAUCUGUUUUUAAUCUGUUAGGCUAACAAAACGCCUCUUGCUUCUUUGUUCAAGGACCUUGAAGUCACAAUGCUGUUGUUGUUAAAGUGAGUCCUUCAAGGACCAGAACACACAGAGUUCCAGCAUGAGGUCAUAUUAAGUUAAUGUUUUCAUUUUGGUGGACUAGAUGAGUUUUACAAAGCAAAUAAUCCCAUUACAUAGUCCCAUUACAUUAAAAACCGUAAGAAAAAUUAAGCCUGGUCAGUUUACGACUAGACAAACUAGUGUCAGAGAAUUAAAGUAGUCUUUGUCUGCUACACUGACCCAGUUUCAAGUUUGUGUGAGAUUGUUGACUUGAUUAUUUCCAGAUGCAGCAUGAACCAACUCCACUGCAGGCCACAGGCAGGAAUUUCUGCAUCCAAAAUAUUCAUUUCUCUUUACAACCCUCCUGCUCUAGUUUGCACCAGGUAAAUGUAUAACAGUUUGACCCCAAAGCUUACACUACCAGAAUUUUAACCUUUCAUUUGUGACAAUUUUAAUAUGGCUUAAGCAACAAGUCAGCAGAUGUUUUGUUUUUUUUAAUAGUGGAAGUUGUAUCUGUUUACCAAGAAUCACUUUUUUCAAGUUGACAUUAGGCCGAUUUGAAGUCUUUUUCCUGUGCAGUCAUGCUUCUACUUUGAGAUAAUUAACUGAUCUUGUAAAUCCUUGUAAAUUAUAUUAAAUGAUUUUGGAAAAACACCACAAGGUCUGUAAACGGUUCAAGUCGAACGUAUUUUAAUAUGUAUUCAAAGAAGGGAACUAAAUUAUAAUAUCAUGCCAUAAACUUUAAUGUUUGAUUAAGCUGAAAGUGCUUUUCAUCCAGCUUGUCUGUUAAAUCUGAGACAUGAAUGUCGGUGCUGAACUGGUUACCAGACAAAUAAAUAAUAGUGAUGUUAGACACCAAGUUAAGAUGAGUUGUGUUAAACUACUCUCAUGUCAAAAUCUACUUUGUUGCUU